GCAUUUGCCGUAGAAGUGAAGUGGCUUCAUCUUCCACCUCCACAUCAUGCAGAAAUCAAAAGAUUAUAUGCUUCGGAAUCAAGAUUUGCUUUGUUCACGCCACUUUCUUUGUUUUUGUUGUUGCUUUUGACGCAUAUUGAGCAGCAUAUCUUCUUUUUUGCAAUUCCGAGGAAGACUCCUAAUUCAGGCGGUGGAUUCGCGAUCCAAAGGCAGAAACUUUUCUCGGUGACUUUUGGUUGUGAUUUGGUUACUUCAACAAGAUAGACAACGAUUCCAAAAAUCAUAUUCAAGAUCAAGACUCAAUUGCCAAGAAUAUAGUUUGAGGAGAGAUUGAUUGAUCGGUGACGGUGAGUAGAUAGAGAUUAAUAAACGGUGUCAUCUCUCCUGCGUUACAGAAAAAGGAGAAGUAGUUUUCAUGGAUGAGACAUUCAAGACUUCGCCGUACCGGCGUCACCGCAAUGAUGUGGAGGCUGGUGAUGUGCAUGGGGAGGAGGAGGAGGCAUGUUCCAGUCCCUUCAAUAUCUACAGAACAAAGGAUGCUUCAUUACAACGCCUCCGAAGAUGGCGGCAAGCGGCACUUGUGUUAAAUGCUACUCGCCGAUUUCGAUACACCUUGGACUUGAAAAGAGAAGAGAAGACGGAAACGAUGAGAAAGAUUAGAAUGCAUGCUCAAGUCAUACGAGCAGCCUUACUUUUCAAAGAUGCAGGCCUACAAGUUAAAGCGUCAGGAACGCCAAGACCACCUACAACCUCAGCUGGUGAUUAUGGUAUUGAUCAGGAGUGCCUUGCUUCAGUGACAAGGGAUCAUGAUUUUUCUGCUCUAGAGCAAUAUGGAGGGGUUAAAGGAUUGGCUGAUGUGUUGAAAACAAAUGUAGAGAAGGGAAUAGAUGGAGAUGAUGUCGAUUUAUUAAAACGAACGAAUGCAUUUGGAUCUAACACCUAUCCCCGGAAAAAAGGACGGAGUUUUUGGAGCUUUGUUUGGGAUGCUUGCCGAGAUACAACCCUGAUAAUCUUGAUCAUAGCUGCAGCUGCUUCUUUGGGGCUAGGUAUAAAGUCAGAGGGUUUGAAAGAAGGAUGGUAUGAUGGGGGAAGCAUUGCAUUGGCUGUCAUUAUUGUUAUAGUUGUUACAGCUAUAAGUGAUUACAAGCAAUCCCUUCAGUUCCAAAAUUUAAAUGAGGAGAAGAAGAAUAUACAUUUGGAGGUCAUUAGAGGUGGUAGAAGGUUGGACGUAUCAAUAUUUGACCUUGUUGUUGGUGAUGUUGUACCUCUGAAAAUUGGUGAUCAGGUCCCAGCUGAUGGAAUUUUCAUUUCUGGUCACUCUCUCGCAAUUGAUGAAUCAAGCAUGACGGGGGAGAGCAAGAUUGUUCAGAAGGGCUCGAAAGAUCCAUUUCUGAUGUCUGGCUGCAAAGUUGCAGAUGGUUAUGGCACCAUGCUGGUAACAAGUGUUGGUAUAAAUACGGAGUGGGGAUUGCUCAUGGCGAGCAUUUCAGAAGAUACUGGUGAAGAAACACCAUUACAGGUACGGUUGAAUGGGGUUGCAACUUUUAUUGGUUUCGUUGGACUCUCAGUAGCUGUACUUGUUCUAGUUGUCCUUUUGAUCAGAUACUUUACUGGGCAUACCAAAAACGCAGAUGGAACUGUUCCAUUUAAGGCUGGCAGGACUAAGUUUAGUACUGCCAUAGAUGGAGUUAUUAAGAUUUUCACUGUUGCAGUCACUAUCGUGGUUGUUGCAGUUCCUGAAGGGCUUCCAUUGGCUGUUACGUUGACGCUUGCCUACUCAAUGAAGAAAAUGAUGGCAGACAAGGCCUUGGUCAGGAGGCUUUCUGCUUGUGAAACCAUGGGUUCUGCUACGACAAUUUGCAGUGACAAAACUGGAACCUUGACGUUGAAUAAGAUGACUGUGGUUGAGGCCUACAUUGGUGGAAAGAAAUAUGAGCAUGUGGACAAUGGGUCAGUGUUGCCCCCAAUGGUCAAAUCUCUGCUUAUUGAAGGUAUUGCACAGAAUACUACUGGCAGUGUAUUUGUGCCCAAGGGUGGAGGAAAGACCGAGGUUUCUGGCUCACCAACAGAAAAGGCCAUUCUCGAGUGGGCAGUCAAUCUGGGAAUGGAUUUUGAUGCCAUCAGAUCAACUUGUUCAAUCAUCCAUGCCUUUCCAUUCAACUCAGAGAAAAAACGAGGCGGCAUUGCAUUAAAACUGGCUGACUCCAAAGUUCACAUACAUUGGAAAGGUGCUGCUGAAAUAGUCUUAGAUUCGUGUACAAGAUACAUUGAUUCAAACGAUCAUAUCAUACCAAUGGAUGAAGAUAAGAUGACAUUAUAUAAAAGAGCUAUUGAAGAAAUGGCUGCAGGAAGUUUGCGUUGUGUUGCUAUUGCUUAUAGAUCUUGUGAAAUGGAUGUUCCAACUGAUGAGGAGGACCUGGCUAAUUGGGAAAUACCUGAGAAUGAUCUUGUAUUGCUAGCUAUUGUUGGUUUGAAGGAUCCUUGUCGACCAGGUGUGAAAGAUGCAGUUCAGUUAUGCACAAAUGCAGGCGUUAAGGUGCGUAUGGUCACUGGUGACAAUAUCCAAACAGCUAAAGCAAUAGCUUUAGAAUGUGGGAUUUUAAAGUCAAAUGUAGAUGCUACCGAGCCAAAUCUCAUAGAAGGGAAGGUAUUCCGCGCAUUGUCAGAAGUUGAAAGACAAGAUAUUGCUAACAAGAUAUCGGUAAUGGGAAGGUCUUCUCCUAAUGACAAGCUGCUGCUUGUGCAAGCAUUGAGAAAAAGGGGACAUGUUGUUGCAGUCACUGGAGAUGGCACUAAUGAUGCUCCUGCACUACAUGAGGCUGACAUCGGUCUUGCCAUGGGUAUCCAAGGCACAGAAGUUGCUAAAGAGAGCUCGGAUAUAAUAAUUUUAGAUGACAAUUUUGCCACUGUUGUAAAGGUAGUCCGUUGGGGCAGGUCUGUUUAUGCGAAUAUUCAGAAAUUUAUCCAGUUUCAGCUCACAGUUAAUGUUGCAGCUCUUGUAAUUAAUGUUGUGGCAGCAGUUUCAGCUGGAGAUGUCCCAUUGAAUGCUGUACAGCUUCUUUGGGUCAAUCUUAUUAUGGAUACUCUUGGAGCACUUGCGUUGGCCACUGAACCACCAACUGAUCACCUCAUGGAUAGCCCUCCUGUUGGUCGAAGGGAACCUCUUAUAACAAAUAUCAUGUGGAGGAACUUACUAAUACAGGCUCUAUAUCAAGUCACAGUUCUUCUUAUCCUCAAUUUCCAAGGCAGAAGUAUCCUGAAUUUAAAGCAUUACAACCUUGACCACGCUACUAAAGUGAAGAAUACGUUGAUAUUCAAUGCAUUUGUUUUUUGUCAGAUUUUCAAUGAGUUUAAUGCUCGGAAGCCAGAUCAAUUUAAUGUAUUCAAAGGGGUGACCAAAAACUAUCUUUUCAUGGGGAUAGUUGGUCUAACGCUUGUGUUUCAGAUCCUUAUAAUCAUGUUCCUCGGAAAGUUUACCACUACUGUCAGGCUCAGCUGGAAACUGUGGCUUAUUUCUGUUGUUAUUGGCCUUAUCAGUUGGCCUCUUGCAGUAGUUGGGAAGUUCAUUCCUGUUCCCGAGAAGCCGUUCAGCAAAAUGUUGCGUCGACGAAGAGCUUCACGAGGUUCAAUCAACAAGAGGCAAGAUGAUAAUGGAUGAAAAUAGAACACUUCCAGUUUCUGUUGCCCCUCUCAGUUAACAGGGUGAUACAAGGGUUAUACACAAAGAUGUAAAAAUGCAGAUCCACAAAAGCUUAGUGAAACUCGUGGUACUUUAUGUUAAUAUUAAAAAAAUAAAAAGAAUCUGCUGGCUUUCUAGUUGUUUCUUGCUUAUUUCCGUCCCUUUGUUUUGGAUAAAUUUGUAAUUUCAUCUUUUUCUUUUGCUGAAAAUCUGUAUCAAAUGCAGUUGUGAAACUAAAUAAUGAUUGCAAUGAGCUUACUUGAACCGAUCUCGGUUUCAUGUUAAUUUGCAUUCUA